AUGGGCAAGCAGCAGCAUAGGGACCCGGACCUCGACGUCAACCUCCCGUACCUGACGCUGAGCGCGAGAGCGAACAUGAACGAGUACACAACGGAAACCCAGGGCGGAGAAAUACCAGCGACUGCUCUUGGAAACGAGAAGGUGCAAUACAAGCUGGUGACUUUCGUGAAAGACGACCCGGAGAACCCAAAGAACUGGAGCAAGGGUUACAAGUGGUACUGCACAAUGGUCGUUGCAAUAACUUGCUUCGUUGUUGCCUUUGCCUCCGCCGUUAUUACUGCAGAUGUUGCCGCACCUGCCAAGGAACUUGGUGUCAGCGAAGAGGUUUCCCUGCUCGCCAUCAGCUUGUUUGUCAUUGGAUUUGGCGUGGGACCUAUGGUCUUUGCGCCUCUUUCCGAGGUCUAUGGACGACGUAUCAUCUACGGAUCGACUUUGCUCAUUGCCGUCAUAUUCAUCAUUCCAUGUGCGGUCGCACCCAACAUUGCUACCCUCCUGGUCUGCCGUGCCAUCGACGGCAUUGCCUUUUCGGCACCUAUGACGUUAGUAGGUGGCACGCUUGCGGAUCUAUGGAAGAACGAGGAGAGAGGUGUCCCAAUGGCAGCCUUUUCUGCGGCGCCCUUCAUUGGCCCUGCCAUCGGGCCCCUUGUGGGAGGCUGGCUGUCUAUGGCCAAGGGAUGGAGAUGGCUGUAUUGGAUUCAGCUCAUCUUAGCCGGAGCUGUCUGGAUUCUGAUUACUUUCACUGUGCCCGAGACCUAUGCUCCAACUAUCCUUAAGCGUCGUGCUGAGAAGAUGAGAAAGCAAUCCGGCGAGCCUGGUCACGUCACUGAGCAAGAACUCGACAAACGCCCUCUCAGCCAACGGAUGCGCUUGUUCCUGCUCCGCCCCUUCCAGCUUCUCUUCCAAGAGCUCAUCGUGUUCUUGAUCAGCAUCUAUAUGUCAGUCCUGUACGGACUGCUAUACAUGUUUUUCAUCGCCUACCCGAUCAUUUUCCAGGAAGGCAAAGGCUACUCCGCAGGAAUCACGGGGUUGAUGUUCAUUCCUGUUGCUGUUGGAGUUGUCCUCUCGGCAUGCUGUUCUCCGUUCGUGAACAAGCAUUACCUGACUUUGGUUCGCAAGCACAACGGCAAACCGCCCGCCGAGUGCCGCCUCAUUCCCAUGAUGAUCAGCUGCUGGUUUAUUCCCAUUGGACUUUUCAUCUUCGCCUGGUCCUCCUACAAGGAACUCAGCUGGGUUGGACCGGCUCUGGGAGGCUUUCCCGUCGGCUUCGGUUUCAUCUUCCUCUACAACAGCGCCAACAACUACCUCGUCGACUCGUACCAACACCUUGCCGCCUCCGCUCUCGCGGCCAAGACCUGCAUCCGCAGCUUCUGGGGCGCUGCCGUCGUGCUCUUUACCAUCCAGAUGUAUCACCGCCUGGGCGACCAAUGGGCGAGCACCCUGCUUGCCUUCAUCAGUCUGGCCUGCUGCGCCAUUCCCUUCUGCUUCUGGAAGUGGGGCGCCCGCAUUCGUGCACACAGCAAGUACGCAUACGCCGGUGAUGAUGAGGAGAACACUGUGCCGGCUGCCAACCCAGCAGAUGUGGAAAAGGGACAGGCGCCGGCUCCUCAGGCCGGUGCGCACUAA